UGUCGUUUUCUAGCGACUUUUAUUUUGAAGUUGAUCGCCGGAUGCUGUGUCGCGUAACCUGUCCGACUUCACAGGUGUGGUUGUUUCUUGCGGGUGCUGGACGCGGUGGAUAGCAGCGGGAUUGAAAUCUAUAAAGAUGGCUUCAGCAACAGCGACCUACGGGCAGAAGGAAUCCUCGGAUCAAAACUUUGACUACAUGUUCAAGAUCCUCAUCAUCGGCAACAGCAGCGUGGGCAAAACCUCCUUCUUGUUCCGCUAUGCCGACGACUCCUUCACGCCGGCCUUCGUCAGUACAGUGGGCAUAGACUUUAAGGUUAAGACCAUCUACAGGAACGACAAGAGGAUCAAAUUACAGAUCUGGGACACGGCAGGUCAGGAGCGUUACCGCACUAUCACCACGGCCUACUACAGAGGAGCCAUGGGCUUCAUCCUCAUGUACGACAUCACCAACGAGGAGUCCUUCAAUGCCGUCCAGGACUGGUCCACUCAGAUAAAGACAUACUCGUGGGACAACGCCCAGGUGCUGCUGGUCGGAAACAAGUGUGACAUGGAUGACGAGCGAGUGGUGAACGGAGACAGAGGCCGGCAGCUGUCUGAACACCUCGGUUUUGAAUUCUUUGAGGCCAGCGCCAAAGACAACAUCAACGUGAAGCAGACCUUUGAGCGCCUGGUCGACAUCAUCUGUGAAAAGAUGUCUGAGAGCCUUGACGCCGGAGAUCCCGCUGUCACAGGGGCCAAACAGGGGCCCCAGCUGACAGAGCAGCCUACUCCUCCUCGCCAGGACUGUGCAUGUUAAAGCUGAUUCCCCCCCCCCCCCCCCCCCUAAAAAAUCCUUUUGUCCCUUUUCCUCUUUUUUCAUCCUUCUGCUGGACCCCUGGGGCCUUGGGUCCAUCCUCCAUCACACUUCUUGCUCACUAUCCUGCUUCCUUCUGUUCAUUAGUAAGGAUCAUUGGCUGCGGGGCACAAGACCCAGGAUGUAAAGAGUCUGAAAUGCUCUGAGAUAUCCCUGGAACAGUGCUUGAACUGUGUUUUGUUAAUAAGAAAGUUAAAAGGUGUCUUGUCUGAUGCCAAAGCUAGUUCAAUAAAACCAGAGUGUUUCAGACUCUAUGCAGCCCCUGGUUUUUGAAGGCCUUGUUCUGUUGUCUCCCUGGUCCUCAGUGUGGUUUGACAAGAAGGAUUUGACGGCGUCCAAGUGCCAUUUAAAUCCUUCCGAUGUUUACAAUACUUUGUUUCAUGUCAAAUGUCUUGAAAAGAUGUCAGCCUCAGUUUAUUAUUGUGUCCAACAGAGCCACAGGGGUUUCAGUUUCUUGUUCGAUUCUGGAUACACGCAGCAUCUAACAUGCAUAGAUCUGUGUUUCAUUUGUUGUCUCGCCUGGUAUCUAAACAUAGAACGUUGUGUUUUAUUUUCUUAACCCAUCUCAGCGAUUUAUUUUGUCUUUUUAUGUUUUUACAUUUCUUUUUUAUAUACUAGUGCCCCAUCUAUUCUUUUCAUACAUUAAACACUGGGUAGGGGAAAUAUGAACAAGACAGAGCUAGGUUAAAGAAUAGCAAAAAAUUAAGAGACACAUUUUAUUUAAUUAUAUUUAUUUCAAAUGUACGUAUAAAUGUUGUGCAAUAUAUAUAUAUAUAAUAUCUACAGGUAUGCAUAUCUGGAAAUGAAUUUGAAAAGGAAUGAAGUUCUAUGUGGAGAGUGAAAAGUAAAGAGGUAUGUGAUGCAAAGUCGUAAGGUCACCCUACAAAUCCAAUUAACUAAAAGGAAAGAUGUUAAAGAGGCUCUAAUAUGACGGUUAAGUCCAAAUGUAAGCAAGGAUUUUUUUGUGCAACACACUUGUGUAGUUUUGAUGCCAACAAUGCUACAUGUAAAUAUUAUAGACAGGUGUGUGCUUUUGUCUGAGCUGGAUGAACGCAAAGUCUUGAGGUUGAAUUCUGUUGUUGUAACAACUCGCAAUAUAUGACUUCAGACUCCAACGCAGAAAACUUUUAGUCCUGCAGAAAUUAUCAUUCAAACAGAUGUUCAAUCUCCUACACCAUGAUGGAAUGGGUUUUGAGGAUACACGUUGCUUUUUUAGACAAUUUCUAUGGUAGAUUGUCUUUUUCUGAUAGUUUGAGCCCUAGUUAAAGUAAACAUCAGGACAGAGUCGGUUGACAUGUAAAAAACUGAAGAGAACAAGUCAUUAAAAGCCCAUGUUGAUUGAGACACACGCUCCUUUAUCUACGCUGCUUUAUGUCUGGUUUGCAGUAUUUAGAAUCAAAUCUUUGAAGUGCAAAUCAAAUCAUCUACCCCUCAUGAGUUUCAUGCACAUUUGAUGGAACUGGAAAGACUGGAGUGCAGUAAUGUUUGCCUCUUAACCUGAGAGAAUACGCAAGAUCAAGCUACACUCUCUCGCUCUGUGAUUUAAUGUUCACAUGUUUUGUGGCAGUAACACCCAAUCAUCAGACCUCCUCAGAGACAGAAUAAUAGAUUAUGACGUUGUCUGCCAUGCUCAGUCUUUGGGUGACAUGUGGAAAAGUCAUGUGGUUUCUGUUGAGGUUCUCACUGUAGUUUUUAAAUCCUUUGCAGGUUUACAUUGAAGUUUGUUUUGUUGUGUUUUUUGUUCCAGCACUGUGUACCCUGCUUUUUUCCACCUCACCAAGGACUUCUGUAGAAACAGCUCACUGAUCUGGCUGUAGGAUGCAAAUUUCUAAAAGUUAAGAAUUAUUAUACAAUAAGUGCUGCUUGGUGGACCAGAGUGAUUCGGAAAAAAAUGAAGUGAUCCCAGCAAAUCUGCCUUUAAUUUUCGAGAGUAACUGCUACACAAAUUUACUAUCAACAAGUGAGACCACAGACGAGCCACUGACUGUUCAAAUCAGAAAAACGAGUCCCUAAUCGAGGUGGGAAUGUUCUUUAAAGGGAGUGAUGAUCGUCACGAACCUGUGAGACAGUUUUGAUCCUGCGUUUAUAUUUCACUUCUCACUGGUUGUGACUGUUUCUUUUCCAGUAAAAUCCAAACUUUGAAACUGUUCUCCUUUCUAAAACGUCUUCCUCUCAAUAUAAACCAGAUCUGUAAAUACUGUAUCUUUGAGUCAUGUGUGUGGAUUGUGUUGUAUUGACUCAGGCUUGCAAGAGAAAAAAAAAAAAAAGCAGUAAAAAAAAAAAGAGACAGUUAAUCCCAAAAAGGAGCCAUGUUGUUCUGUAUCAGCAUUCAUUUCUAGGCCUGCUUGUGAAUGAAUGUGUCACUCUGUUACGAAGCAAUACACACUACAGUAUCUACACCCAAAAAAAAACAAAUGCCAUCAUGCUUGGAAGAGGUUGCCGACUUUAGAUCUACUACUAGCACGCAGAAACAUGUUGGUCUGGUAUCACUGCCUCUACAAAUCCUGCUCAGUUUGGGCCAUUAAGACGAGAGAAUAUGCUGUGGAUGUUUUUAUCUGUACUUUGUGGUAAGACAAUAAAAAGUUACUAUCAGUUAA